AAAACUAGGGAAGGGACGUUUUCUGGUAUCGUCACUUCGAUUCCAAUUAGGUGAUAAAGAAAUGGCGGAAGACUUAGCGUUGGAUUUGGAGGAGCUUCGGCGUCUGCAAGGCAUGGCCAAAAGACCUCGAAUCCUCUCUCUUCUCUCCUCCGAGAUUUGCAACUUGGAAAAGUUAUCAUCCGAGGCAACUUCUGCGCGUGCGUCACAGAUUCCCGCACCGAUUUCAACUGGAACUAGUGUGUCACCUUCUCCUGCACUCAAGUAUGCCACACUUGCUUCUUUCAGUUGGGAUCAGGAUAAUGACAAAGUUAAGAUAUAUGUGUCAUUGGAGGGAAUUGAUGAGAGUAAGGUUGAAUCUGAGUUUAAGCCUAUGUCGUUUGAUGUUAAGUUCCAUGAUAUUCAAGGGAAGAACUACCGAUGUGCAAUAUCAAAAUUGCACAAGGAGAUAGUACCAGAUAAAUGUAAGGUUUUAGUCAAACCUACAAGGGCGAUCAUCACAUUGGUGAAGGCUUCAAAAGGAAACUGGCUAGAUUUGCACUUUAAAGAAGACAAAUAUUGUGGUAAAGUUGUAACUUUUGUGUUGAUGUUACAGAUGAAACCAAAUUUGGAUAAAGAGAAAGAUCCAAUGGCAGGAAUCAUGGACUUAAUGAAGAAUAUGUACGAGGAAGGGGAUGAUGAGAUGAAGAAAACCAUUGCAAAAGCAUGGACUGAUGCUAGAUCUGGGAAAACAGCAGACCCUUUAAGUAGCUACCGUUGAGUAACCUUCAGAGAUUCAAAUGCUUAAUUCCUGUUUCAAGGGAAUGAUUUACUCAAUUUAAUUGCAUGGUUUUAUGUUAUGAAAUGAGUGCUUGGCCUAUGUUUUCGGCACAUGUAGAAGUGUAGAUUUGCAGUUAUUGUUACCAAAAUUUUACUUGGUUAUAUAAUGAGGUUAUUUUUGCCUGUGGUA